AUGCCACGCCCGCGCCGGCCGCCGGGUGCUGGCCUCACGCUCACGACGAUCCUGGCAAUCGUCAUCCUUGGACCGUCGCUCCUCGCCGUCGCUCAGCAGCAGCAACAGCCGCCCCGCAGUGUGCUUGCACACACAAUCCACCCCAACCAGGGGAAAUCCACCCACGCACAGGAGAGUGCCGGCCGCGUCGCCAGGCACCGACCGAACUCUCCCGUCUUUGCCCAGGAUGAGAGCGCCCUAGCAACACAUGUCUCCUCUGCUCCAGCGGUCUCCGCUGUCAGAGCCCCCUCUGCCGCCAACGCAGCCACAGGUGCCCUCGCACCGAGUGCGCGUUCCCUGCAGGACUGGGAAGUUGAGGACUUUGUUCUCUUGGCGACCGUCGACGGCCGCAUCCACGCACGAGAUCGAUACACAGGACAGGAGAUAUGGGAGCUGACCGGCCAGCCCAUGCUCGAGACCAUCUACAACGGCAACGGAUCGGACGAUGCCGGAAAGCUCCAGGACCAGCCGUUUGUCUGGAUCGUGGAACCCAAGGAAGACGGAGCCCUCUACUUCCUCACGCCCGGCCCCUACCCGGCCCUCCACAGGCUAGGCAUGACUGUAAAGCAACUCGCCAACAUGGCGCCCUACUCCAGCGAAGACCCUGCGCUCCCAGUCGUCUACAAUGUCGAGAAGUCUACCUUCAUGCUCGUUGUUGAGGCCGCGUCAGGGAAGAUCAAGAAGAGCUUCAGCCCCAGCGGAACAUACUCGGUCGACGACGAGAGCUGUGCCCCCCAAGGCAGAGACUACUUCCACGCGCAGGAGCGGGAAUGCUCAGGAUCCAUCAACCUCGGACAGACGCAGUACACGAUCAGCAUCCACAAUAAGCAGAGCAACGAGCACAUCUGCACCAUCAAGUAUGCAGAGUGGGCACCAAACAACCGCGAUCGCGACCUGCAGAUACAGUACUCAAGCACCAUGGACAACCAAUACAUCUACAGCAGGUACAACGGACAGGUGAUGGCUCUUGACCACAAUCGACUCGGCAAGUCUCGCGGCAAGCCUGUGUUUACGCAGAACCUGCCAUAUCCCGUAGCACGUGUGUUUGACGUUGCUCGACCCAUGAACGACGACUCGCCUGAGCCUGCCUUGAUUCUGCUCCCACAGCCCGCGGGCAAGGUAGGAUCAGAGGAGAGGGCUAAGCAUGUAUGGCUGAACACCACCGAUACCGGAGCUUGGUACGCGCUCUCAGAGCAGAACUAUCCUGUGGUGACAGAUGGUGCACCAGACGCUCCCUGCUACGAGUACAAAGACCUGCUCGACUGGGAUGGCCCUCACUCGCUUCCGGACCAGCAGAACUUAGUAGGAGUACACAAGCUGGACCAAAGGCUUGAAACGCCAUCGAGGUAUCUUGCAAUUGCUGCUCCUACUGCAUAUCAUGCCGAGGAAGGUCAGCCUGUUUCUCGACCGCCGGAGACUUCGCCGAUGGAAAGGCCAGCAAUCGACCCACCGCCCCGUACUGAGACCAUGAUCGAGACACGAGCCGCCGCUGUCUACACCAUCCUUCUCUGUUUCUUGGUCAUGGCUGGAACCGUAUCGGUCAUGAAGUAUCCUCCCCAGCUCGACAAGCUUGUGAGCCUCUUCAAUAAAUCACCUGAGGUUCGCAAGGCCAAGGAGGUUCCAAUUACAUACUCUUCGCCUACAAUCUCUGAGGCGGAGUUCAAGCCAGGCAGCCAGGCAGAGUACAAGCCUGAAGUGCAGCCAGAAGCGCAGCUCGAGGCAAACCCAUCCGAGCCAGUUCAGGAGGCUGCUGUAGAGGCGUCUGUCGCCGCAGAAGCCAAGGAGAGGAAAGUCGUCAGCUUUGACAUACCGGACGAUGACGAGGCGGAACUCUCCCUCUCGAGAACCACCACCAUCGAACAAUCGUCGCCAACAGAGGGCGACUCUGAUGACGCCACCCAAGUUUCAUCUGAGAAGACUUCUUCUGCAGUCAACGGCACUACUGACAGCGCCAUACAAGAUCCUAAUGGCGCUCUUGCCACCCCAACCAAGAAGAAGAAGACGCACAGGGGCAAGCGUGGUGGUCGCAAGCUCAACAAAAAUCAGCAAAAAGAAGAGGACGAUGUCGACCGUAUCGUUGACGCUGCCAAGAAGCUCGACCCGCCCCCAUCUCUACAUCCCGACGAAGUCACCAUGAAUGGCGACGAUAUGCAGGAUGUCUCCAACAUGAAGAGAAUUGGCAAACUUACCAUUGACCAAGAUAAACUUCUCGGUAAUGGAAGUGGUGGCACCUUUGUUUUCGAAGGCAAGUGGAACGACCGCGACGUGGCCAUCAAGCGAAUGCUGCCCCAAUACUUUGGGCUGGCUGAGCAAGAAGUCAAGCUUCUUCAGGAGAGCGAUCUGCAUCCUAACGUCAUCCGCUACUUUGAUGAUGAGAAGGACGAAAAUUUCCUGUACAUCGCUGUGGAGAUGUGCCAGGCCAGUCUGUUUGACCUGUUUAGAGACGGCAGGCCUGGCGAGGAUCUCACCGAUACUCAACGACGCCUUGUCAACGAGAUCAACAGAGACGUUCCACGUACGCUGUACCAGCUUGCGAAUGGUCUUAACCACCUGCACAGCCUGAGGAUCAUUCACCGCGACAUCAAGCCUCAGAACAUCUUGAUUGCCUACCCUCAACGAACCCAGAACAAGGGCCCACGUCUGGUGAUUUCUGACUUCGGGCUCUGUAAAACCUUGCCAGACAACGUCAGUACCCUCAUCGGUACUACUGGCAAUGCUGGUACUGUCGGGUGGAAGGCUCCUGAGUUGAUAUCACAGCCAAGGGACGUGGACAGAGGCAGCUCAACUGGCUAUUCCCGCGACUCCUCUACAUCUACCGAUCCUGUCGCACAAGGUGUCAAGCGAGCCGUAGACAUCUUCUCACUUGGUUGCGUGUUCUACUACGUUCUCACGAACGGUUCUCACCCCUUCGAUGACGAGGAAGGCUGGAUGCAGAUGCGUGAGUACAACAUCAAGAAGGAGAAGGCCAAUCUUGAGGGUCUUCGCUUGGGCGAUGAUUCGGAAGAGCCGUACUGGCUCAUUCAGUGGAUGUUGAAGACUCGCCCUGAAGAUCGCCCCACUGCUCUGCAGGUCAUGAACCAUCCGUUCUUCUGGUCAGCCGAGAAGCGUCUGAACUUCCUCUGCGACUGUUCCGAUCACUGGGAGCGUGAGCCACGUGAUCCUCCGUCUAACCACCUGACAAUCCUCGAAGACUGGGCCGAAGAGAUCUUGGAUCAUAGAAUGAACUUCCUCGCAAAGCUCGACAAAGCGUUCAUCGACUCGCUCGGAAAACAGCGCAAGUACACCGGAGACCGGAUCCUGGAUCUGCUUCGUGCGCUCAGGAACAAGAAGAAUCAUUACGAAGAUAUGGACGAGCAUGUGAAAGCUAAGGUCGGCCCGUUGCCUCACGGAUAUCUGAGGUACUGGACUACCAAGUUCCCAACGCUCCUCAUGUCAUGUUACGAGGCUGUUCAGCAAUGUGGUCUUCAGGAAGCGUCCAGGUUCAGGCCGUAUUUUGAGGGGCAGGUAAUGUAA